AUGGAGCAGAUCGAUGUCUCAAAAAACGAGUUUGGAUCAGGUGCCACAGAAUUGGCUAAAGCUUUUGAAAGAAAGACACUAAAGUGUGUCUUUACAUUUGAUGUAUCAAAUAAUGAUCUUACCAAAAGCGAUCUGUCCCAUGAUAACGUGUUGUGUUUACAUGUAACACAGACAAAAAGGAACUUUCAAACAGAACGUACAGGUAGGACACGGGACAGUAAUACUGCUGUGACUACAGGUAGGACACGGGACAGUAAUACUGCUGUGACUACAGGUAGGACACGGGACAGUAAUACUGCUGUGACUACAGGUAGGACACGGGACAGUAAUACUGCUGUGACUACAGGUAGGACACGGGACAGUAAUACUGCUGUGACUACAGGUAGGACACGGGACAGUAAUACUGCUGUGACUACAGGUAGGACACGGGACAGUAAUACUGCUGUGACUACAGGUAGGACACGGGACAGUAAUACUGCUGUGACUACAGGUAGGACACGGGACAGUAAUACUGCUGUGACUACAGGUAGGACACGGGACAGUAAUACUGCCGUGACUACAGGUAGGACACGGGACAGUAAUACUGCUGUGACUACAGGUAGGACACGGGACAGUAAUACUGCUGUGACUACAGGUAGGACACGGGACAGUAAUACUGCUGUGACUACAGGUAGGACACGGGACAGUAAUACUGCUGUGACUACAGGUAGGACACGGGACAGUAAUACUGCUGUGACUACAGGUAGGACACGGGACAGUAAUACUGCUGUGACUACAGGUAGGACACGGGACAGUAAUACUGCCGUGACUACAGGGAGGACACGGGACAGUAAUACUGCUGUGACUACAGGUAGGACACGGGACAGUAAUACUGCUGUGACUACAGGUAGGACACGGGACAGUAAUACUGCCGUGACUACAGGUAGGACACGGGACAGUAGUACUGCUGUGACUACAGAUACAUGGCAACAAGGCUUGACAACAGCAAAGUAAGGAUUUAAAAAUCUAGUGCAACACAAUAGAAUGUCAUAGUAAAAAUAACUGAUUAUGAAACUAUGGAUCUCUGCCUCCAAAAGCCAAGAAAUUAAAUACUAGAUAGACAUAACAAAACAUAUCUGUUUUUGAGAACAAGAUGUGUGUGCUUAAAAUAAAAUUGAACAGUAUGAAUGAAAAGUUUGAACAAUACUGUCAACAAUUACAGCCUUCACACUGUAAUAAAAACCAUACAAUAAUGUAAGAAAAUAAUCACCUCAUAUCUUCUGAGUGUUGUUGUGUUUUUACAUAAAAGACAGGACUAAGACGCAUCCAGACUGUGUAAUAACGUCAGGACUUGUGUAAUAACUGUGUAAUAACUGUGUAAUAACUGAAUUAACGACACCUCAGUAUAGCCACUCAACAUUUGAGAACAUAACCCAAUCUGGUUUAAUCAGGCUAACGUUGGCACAAUGGCAAAUUAAAAACAAGGGGCGCGUUCAGCAGGACGCAACGUUUUGUAACGUUCAGAUAGAACUACGCUACGUAGAACAAACACCCCUCUCUCUGACAGGUAGAAUAAGGAAUGACAUCAGCUCUAUUUGUGGCAUUUCUAUUUGCAACAUUCGACAACGUUUUGCUACCGAACGUGGGGCCUGCUGGGGCACAACAAACAGUAAUCAGCCAAGAGAGUUGAGUGUCAGUGUUGGGGGAUUGUGGAUGUCUCAGUGGUGAUACACAAUCAGGGCAAAGGAAGCUAAACGACCUCUAAACCUUCUUUCACCAGGUACAAACAGCUCAUGAAUUACUUCCCCAUUGGCAAAUUCAUGGUUUUCCACCUCCUUAAGAGGUUUCUGUUUUGCAUAUUAACCGUAUUGUUCAAUUCCAAUUACCACCAGUUGUCCUUUCUUUUUAGGUAACCCUACGUCCGACUGACGGUGUGCCAUAAUCCCACAAUCAAGUGUUUAUGUAGUGCUAUGUAGUGUUUAUGUAGUGCUGUGUAGUGUUUAUGUAGUGCUAUGUAGUGUUUAUGUAGUGCUAUGUAGUGUUUAU